UCACCAGCCCAGUCACACCGAAGAGCAGUGAUCACGUGUCUGGAGCCCGGACCACAACACUGUCACGUGACAGGUCCUCACAGUCGCUCCAUUUACCCAACCGUCACUUCUGAGCGCUCCAUCUCCAGCCAAUCACGUGUCACGGCUCCUGUGUGCAGGAAGCUAUUGGUGGUUAAGCGGAGAGCGGUGAUUGGAUGUACGGGAAAGCAGGCGGCAGCGCUGUGUGUUGUCCCGGUUACCGGCUCACAGCUGAGCUCCUGUGUGGUGUCACCCAGCCUGAGUGUGCUCAGAGGAGCCAUGUCUCAUCGGUUGUCUAAAGAGGAGCUGGAUGAGCAGUUCGAGCAGUUCUUGAAAGAGUCUCUUUCAGAUGACUCAUUUGACAGUAACAAAAAAUCAGUUGUUCUUGAGAAUCCCGGAAAGCAUAAAGUAAAAAAAACAAAAAAGAAAGAUGCUUCUCCAUGGUGGAUCACUGAAGAUGACUCUGACGAUGGAGCAAAUCAACCAAGGUCAUAUUUAAAACAGAAGAAGCAAAAAAGCAGGUUGACAACUGAUGCAGAUGAUUCUGGAUUUAAUGAUAGAAACAAAUCUGUGCCAAGCUUCCGUUCUGAAUUGGCAAGGACAAGCCGCAGCUUUUUAAAAUCUCAAAGUACAUCACAGCCUAUUGAGGAAGUAGAAGAAGAAGAGCAUGUUGAAGAAAUGCAGAAAUCUAUUGAUCCCCUGAUUACAUCAAUAGAAAAGGACAGCUUGGAGAUUGAUGAUUCCGUUUUGGCUUCUGGACCAAAUCAAACUUUUCCUGGGGUUGGACUUGAUACUUUGGAAGAACAAGAAGAGAAGGAAAGGUUUUUUGCUAGACUAGAAAAAGGUGCUUCCUCUACAAUUGACUAUUCUAAGUUAAUAAAGGAACUGGAUUCUACAGAUUCAACACAACUUACAACUUAUAUGCGCAAUAAUAACCAUGCUCAAGCAGAUGAGAGUGAACAUAGAGAUGAAAGUAAAGAUGUAUCAGAAUCAAAGAAAGUCCAUUUUCAACUAUUGUCCUUUUCUUGUUUCCCCCAAAUAUACAAAGUGAAUUAUAGUGAAGACUUUGAAGAUGAACCAGAAUUGAACGGUCAUUUGGUCAAAAAAUCAGAAGAAAAUGAUGAUCCUGUCCAGUCUAAAAGUCAGACACAUUAUGCAGAAGUGAAACAUGGAAUGCUUGAUAAAGUUUUGCUGAUCGACUCAAUGGAUUCAACAAUAGACACUCAAAAGAUUUUGCAGCAAACACAGGAUGAAACGGAAUCUGUUAUGCCCCAAGGGACAAAUGAAGCAAUGGGCACAGGAUUUUCAAAUCCGUACACAAACAGUGACAUGGAGGCUUUACAUCAAGCAUACAAAAAUCUUGAUUCCUGUAUAAAAGACACAGAAGAGCAGACCAAUUAUCUUAAAGUUACAGAAAACACAAUUACAUCGUAUGAGCAUGCUAUUGAUUCAAAGGAAAACAGCCUUGAUAAAGUGCUAGCUGGCAAUUCAGACAUAUCUACAGUAGAUGAAUUAAUGCUUCGUAUAAGAGAAGAAGAAGGUUAUACCACUUCAAGCUUAAACAUAGACACGAACAAGGGGGUGCUUCCAUAUGUUCUGCAUAAACCAAAAGAAGAAGAUCUAAAGAAGACAUUAGAAGAAGUUUCCCAAUACAAUACAAGAACAAGUAAUGAUUUCCCUGCACAUGAACUUGAUAUUCAUUACAAAAGCAAGACAAAUAUGGUAAAUCAGAAUGAAGAGCAGCCUACAGCUUUCAAAAAGCCAAGCCAUUCAGAAAUGUUUGCCCUGUACUCUGGAGAAAGAAGUGAUCAUGCUGACAAUCAUGUAAAUUAUCCUGCUGUAAGUACAGCCCCGCCUGGCCUGAUCCAUAAGAACCAUCCAAACAAAGUUGUCAAGAGUCCAACAUCCUUUUUAAGGAAAGGUCAAAACGCACACUAUUCGUACGUGAAGAGCUCUGGCUAUGGAAAGAAGAGCAUACAAAUAAAACAGACUUCUAAUGAUGACAGUUUGACGUCCAAGGAAUUACAUACAGAAAUAAAGUGGAAGUCACCUACUGAUCGUAAACAAAAAGAUGUAUUGUCUGCAACUAAGUCUAUAAGGUUUGCAGAAAAUCAAAUUUGUUUACCAAAAGACAACAUGAAACAUCAAGAGACUGCAGCUCGAAUCAAUCUAGCAAAAUCUGAAGAAAAGUUGACUGUUCCUGUUGGUACAAAUGAAACAACCUGUGAAAGGUACAAAGGCUCAGAAAUCCAUUAUUCAGAUGUGUGUGGCAAUGAUCUGACCAUCCUUCAAAGACUUCAGAAUGUUGAAGAGAAGUUAAAUGCAGGACAUGUGAAGACAGUCCAUUUCAAAGAAGACUCUGUAAUCAGGGAGCAGGAAUUCAAGCAGGAAAUAGAACAGAUGAAAAUAAAUUAUGAGAAAGAAAUCAAAGAACUAAAACAGGAAAACUUCAUUCUUCAAACAAAGUUACAUGCAGGGGAAGAAAAAAUAAAGCAAAGGAGUCAUCUGUUAGAUCAAACUUCCCCAAUAACAGAAGAGAAUAUUCAGCAAAUUAAACGAGAUAUAUUAGAACAAGAGACUCUUCUGCAUGGGUAUCAACAGGAAAAUGAAAGGCUGUAUAAUCAAGUCAAAGAUCUCCAAGCUAAAAACAAAGAGAAUGAACAGCAAAUGUUUCAAGAAAAUCAGGCUUUGAAGGCUGAGCUUAACUCAUUAAGGGAAAAGGUGAAUAGUACCAAAAUGCACAACCAAUAUACAGGCAGUCAAUCAGACCACAAUACCGAGAGGUUUAAAGAUCUAGCUACUGAACUGAGUGCUAUUCAGAAAAGAGAGAGCAAUUUGCUAGAGGAUAUAGCCAGCCACAAGAAGGAUAAACAGGCAUUGGAAGUAGACUUGUUACAGAUGAAGAAGGAGCGUGAUCUUUUGAAAAGCCAGUUAGCCAACAUUUUAGAUGAUAAAUCAUAUGAAAUUAGGAUAAUGGAAGAGUCUUACAAGAAGGAAAUUACCCGGCUGAAUAAAAGGUUACAGUGGUAUGCAGAGAAUCAAGAUAUAUUGGAUAAAGAUGCAGGGCGACUAAAAGAUGCAUAUGAACAAAUAGAAAAUCUGAAGCUGCAGGUUGAAAAGCUAAGACAUGAUGAUGGAAAUCAGACUACCCAACAACAAAACCGUUUAAAGGACAGAGCCGCAGAUGCAAAACGAAUUCAAGAUCUUGAGCGGCAGGUUAAAGAAAUGGAAGCAAUUAUUAAGAGAAGACACCCCAACUCCAUACCUGCAAUUCUGUUUGCUGCUGCAGCAGUGUCUGAAACAGAGAAGCCAUCAAAAAGUAGUACAGUAGUCUAUUUGGAAAGAAGGAUACAAAAAUUAGAAAAUGACCUUGAAAUUAAAGAUGAAGAUGCCAAGAAAAGUCUGCGCAGCAUGGAGCAGCACUUUCACAAAGUCAAGAUACAAUAUGAGAGUAGAAUAAAUGAGCUUGAGGAAUUACUUGCUCAGAGACCACUAAAUGAACCACAAAAGAAUAGUAUAGACAACACAGUAAAAGUGAAAGCCCUUGAACAAGAACUUUCUAUAUUUAAGGAUGCUCAUCACACCACAGUAAUGAAUUUGCAAAAAGAAACUGAAGCCCUUAAAGCAAAGAACUUAGUUUUAGAGCAUAAAUUAAUGCUUAAAGAAGGAAACACUAAGUCAAAUAGAAACCUAGAGGAUACCCCUGAUCAAGCAAGAAUGACAAGACUUAGUGAGGAACUUGUUUCUAAAAAUAAGGAAAUCCAAGAACUUUCAAAAACAGUUGAGCGGCUUCAAAAGGAAAGGAUGAUGAUGCUUUCGGUUAAACCCAAUUCAAGCUCAGUCAGUAACAGAAUCAAGCACUCGGGUCCAUCUGCUGGUGUUUUACCUCUUCUGAGUGGAAGCACAAUAGAGAAGGAAUAUUUUCCUGAUGUGCGUGAUAAUACAUUAUAUAAGCCAGACACUUUCACAGACUAUAUUUCUGAUCUGCAACAACAAAAUAAGAAACUUGAAACUGAAAUACUUAUGUUAUCACAAGAUAAGAACCAACAAAUGAAACAUUUGGAAACCUCUCUGGCUAAUGCAGAGUAUGCUAUCAAAAGGUUAAAAGAUGAGGCAGCUGCACAGGUUGCAGCACUUAAACAAUCUCACCAGAGAGAACUGGAAAAACUGAUUUGCCAACAAGCCUUAGAGCAUUCUUCAUCUAGAGUGGCUGAACUAACCAGUAAAGUUUCAACUCAAGAGAUCCUCAUAAAGCACCUACAAAAGAAAGUUGUUGAGCUACAAAAAGACAGGGAGACCCUGGCUGUUUUGCGACUCAGGGAGGAAACUCUACAGAAUGAGAUGGCAAAGCUGUUGGAUGAACUGAAGAUGGCGAAGGAAUGUCAGAGCCCAGAAAUGAAGCACUUUUUAAAACUUGAAAAUAAAAUCAAACACAUGGAAAUAAGGCAUUCACAAAGAGAGCUAGAACUGCAACAGAUAAAUGAUCAGACACGUCAUGUUGCUGAAUCUACACAAGUUAAGGAAAUUGAAGAAUGGAAGAGGCUUGUGCAACAAAAGAACACAGAGCUGGAGAAGUUUAGAAAAGAGUUAGAUGCAAUAUUGGAUGUUCUCCGAAUGCUACAGAAACAGGGUGUUGUUAUACCUGCUUCAUCAUCUGAAAUAUACUAACAAGAAUGAUUUGCUAAUAACACAAUUGGUAUUUCUACAUGCAUCUCAUAAUUUAAUGUUAAAUAUCCUAUUUGUAGAAAUGUAUUAUUUUGUCUAUAAAGCUUUUUUUUAUAUAUAAAAAAUCUGUUUGUACAUUAUCACUUUAGUAUAUUGCACAUUUUUACAAAUUAAAAGCACACAUUUUGACCAAAAUGACACACAGACCUCACCUAUAAAAUGUUCCUGUAAAAUCCUGACAUCCCAACUAGUAUUAAACACAGUUUUCUUAAGGUUUAGCAGCCAUAGUAAAAAUACAAAAUAAAAUUAAGCAUAGUAA